GUUGAGCAGCUCGACCCAGAAAAUAUAUGAUCAGAUUUACUAUAAAGCGUUGGCCUGCUCCAUUACCCAUUCUUCCAUUCACCGUGUGUUCAUAGACAAUACGUUUGUUUUUAUUUUGGACCAACAUUUUUGUAAAGACGCAGUGAACACAACAGAAUACGGAUCAAGUCACCACGGGGAGAAACGCAUGAGGAGCCAGAGAGCAGACAGCUGACCAGACACCCGUGACGAGAACCUGCUCCCGUGAACGCCAAGACCGAUCCCCCUCAGGGAAAGAGAGAGCGAGCGAGCGAGAGAGAGAGAGCGAGAAAGAGGGAGAAAGGAGAAAGAAUAGAAGGGAGUGUACAAAAGAGAGACGGUCGUCUCAUCAUCCAGUGGGCGCCACUGAGCCGAAGCGUCGGCGAGAGUCCGCAGGAGAGGAUCGGAGGGAGAGGGUAAGGGGUCGGACCGCUCUACCCCCCCAACCCCCACCCCGCGCCACGCCACGCCACGCCACGCCACGCACCGAGACUGAGCUUGUGUGGUCGUCCUCGCCGCCGCCACUGCCGCCACUGUUCCAGUGCCCGCCGUCAUCAUGAAGCUGAAGGAGGACAUGAGCCCGCUGCUGCUGCAGGUGUUCCGCUCGGUGGUGUGGGUGUACUCGGUCAUCACCUUCCUGCCCUGGUACGUGCUCUCGGGCGCCGGGGCCGGCCAGCGCCGCGCCAAGCGGCUGAAGGCGCGCACGGUGAGCGGGCGCCCCGCCGGGCCCUACCGCUCGGUCAGCAGCGCCCAGCGGCUGGUGUCGGCGCUGCACGAGGGCGUGGACGCGCUGGACAAGGUGUUUGAGUACGCCGCGCGCCACUUCCCCCGCCGGGACUGCCUGGGCACGCGGGAGCUGCUCAGCGAGGAGGACGAGCUGCAGCCCAACGGCAAAAUCUUCAAGAAGGUGAUCCUGGGGGAGUACCAGUGGAUGUCGUAUGAGCAGGCGUUCCAGGCAGCGCAGCACUUUGGCAGUGGCCUGGCCUCUCUGGGGCAGAAGCCAAAGUGCAACAUUGCCAUCUUCUGUGAGACACGGGCCGAGUGGAUGAUUGCUGCCCAGGCCUGCUUCAUGUACAACUUCCCCGUGGUGACGCUGUACUCCACCCUCGGAGGCCCCGCCAUUGCUCAUGGGCUGAACGAGACCGAGGUCACACACAUCAUCACCAGCAAGGACCUACUACAGAGCCGACUGAAGGCGAUUCUGUUGGAGGUUCCCAGGCUGCAGCACAUUAUCGUGGUGGACAGUAAGCCCACCACCUGGCCUGGAAUGCCCAGAGGCAUCAUGGUCCAUAACAUGAGCGCCGUGCAGGAACUCGGGGCCAAACCAGAGAACAUGGCGAAGCCACGUGCCCAGCCGCUGCCGUCAGACAUUGCCGUGAUCAUGUACACGAGCGGCUCCACGGGCAUCCCCAAAGGAGUCAUGAUCUCCCAUAGCAACAUCAUCGCCGGCAUCACCGGCAUGGCAGAGCGCAUCCCCGACCUGGAUGAGAAUGACACCUACAUCGGGUACCUGCCCCUGGCCCACGUGCUGGAGCUAAGUGCUGAGCUGGUCUCUCUGUCUCACGGCUGCCGUAUCGGAUACUCCUCCCCUCAGACACUAGCUGACCGGUCCACCAAGAUAAAGAAGGGCAGUAAGGGGGACACCAGCGUGCUGAAGCCCACCCUGAUGGCGGCCGUGCCGGAGAUCAUGGACCGUAUCUAUAAGAAUGUCAUGACUAAGGUGGAGGAGAUGAGCAGCGUCCAGCGCAGUCUCUUCGUGCUCGCCUACAACUACAAGAUGGAGCAGAUCUCCAAAGGCUACGGCACGCCGCUCUGUGACCGGCUGGUGUUUAACAAGGUGCGCUCUCUGCUGGGGGGGAACACGCGCCUGCUGCUGUCGGGCGGAGCGCCCCUGUCGGCCGCCACACAGCGCUUCAUGAACAUCUGCUUCUGCUGCCCCGUGGGACAGGGCUACGGCCUCACCGAGACCUGCGGAGCGGGCACCAUCAGCGAGAUGUGGGACUUCAGCACAGGACGGGUGGGGGCGCCACUGGUGUGCUCUGAGAUCAAACUGAAGGACUGGGAAGAGGGAGGUUAUUAUAGCACUGACAAACCCAACCCACGAGGAGAGAUCCUGAUCGGGGGGCCGAAUGUUGCCAUGGGUUACUACAAGAACGAGGCCAAGAACGUGGAGGACUUCUUUGUGGACGAGAACGGCCAGCGCUGGUUCUGUACGGGGGACAUCGGCGAGUUCCACGCCGACGGGUGCCUCAAGAUCAUCGACCGCAAGAAGGACCUUGUAAAGCUGCAGGCUGGAGAGUACGUAUCUCUGGGAAAGGUGGAGGCCGUGUUGAAGAACUGCCCCCUCAUUGACAACAUCUGUGCCUAUGCUAACAGUGACCAGUCGUACGUCAUCAGUUUCGUGGUGCCCAACCAGAGGCAGCUGACGUCGCUGGCGGAGCAGAGUGGCGUGCGGGGCGCGUGGGAGGACGUGUGCAACAGCCCCGUCAUGGAGAAGGAGGUCCUGCGCGUCAUCACCGACGCCGCCGUCACAGCGAACCUGGAGCGCUUCGAGAUCCCCAAGAAGAUCCGGCUGAGCGCCGAGCCCUGGACCCCGGAGACGGGCCUGGUGACGGACGCCUUCAAGCUGAAGCGGAAAGAGCUCAAGUCCCACUACCAGGACGACAUCGAGAGGAUGUACGGAGGCAAGUGACGCUGGCGCACCGUGGGGGAAGCCUUCUCCACACAGCACCUCUGCCCCGCCCUGGUGUAAGGAGAGCCACACACACACACACACACACGCACACACACACGCGCGCGCACACACACACACACACACACGCACACACGUCCUCCUCCUCCUCCUCGUCCUCGUCCUCCUUAUUCCUCGGACUUGGCCUGGACCAGCGACCAUGACAGGGGAAGGAGUGGGAGUUACUUGAAUCCGUGGAAAACACAGUUACUUAGUGAACUAGGGGAGAGGGAGAGAGAGCGAGAGAAAGAUAGACAUACAGACGGAGAGAGAGUCGGAGAGAACAAGAGAGAGAGAGACAGAAUGAUGAGAGAAAAAAGAGGGAGAAGCUGUAGCCCCCCCACCACCAACCCCCCCCACCCCCCACCCCACUCCCGUGGCUUUGAGUGGAAUGUUUGUCGCUCAAACGGACGUCUCCAGGCAGCCGCGUCGCCGGCGGCAACCCCCCUCCUGCGUGACUGAUGGGCAGAUACGGGAGACGGCCACGCCACGCGCUCCUCGCCCUGCGCCCUGCGUCCUCUCUCUCUUUUGCUUCGGCUGCUCUCCUUUCAACAAGGAUGGGGCGUCUCCACUGACCCCACCCCCCCUCCUCCUCUGUCUCGUCGCUUUCUCCUUUCUUCUCUUCCCCAGAUGGACAUUUCUUUUUUUUCCCCCCUUCUUUUUUUCCAUUUUCUCUUUUCCACUAUUGAGCAUAUGCAGGGAAAAAAAUGUGUUUCUUUGUUAUCGGGUGUUUUUUUUUUUUUUUUACUUUGUUUGACGGUUAUGCUUUUUGUUUCUACGUUUAUUUGUUUGUUCAUUUUGCUUUGUUUUGGAAGGUGUAUGCGUUCGUUACACAUGUCGGUGAGUGUACGGUUUGCUUGAGCAGAGCCAGGUGAUGGCACCGUUGGAAGAGCCUGCUCUCGGGAGGCUUGCAUGGCCUCUUGGGGCGCUGAUCACCGGGAGUGAUGCCAGCCCAAAGAAACUGGAUGCCUGAGCUUUCUUAUGGUCACAUGUAUUUAUACGUCAACUGGUUUGUCAUUAUUUUUUCUCUUUUCUCGCUUUCUCUGUCUCUCUCUCUCUCUCAUGCUGUCUGUCUGUCUUUCUUUCUCUCUUUCUUUCUCUCUUUCUCUUUCUCUCUCUGUUCUGUUACACUCCCAACUGUUUUUCACCGACUCGUAUACCCUCCCAAAGGCUGUUAAAUGCUUUCUGCUUGUUUUACUCUGUUUUGUUGUCUUGUUUUCUUACGAGUAACUGUUUACUGACUGUUCUGACAAUAGUAAGUAAUAAUAUGCUACGUUGCUGUACUAUACCAUUGGACCAUACUGUGCACUCCCGUGCUUGCAUAUGAAGGAGUCUAUGUGCCUGAGGGGGACGGGGAACUCAUUGGGACUGAUGGCCACGUUGCCAUGACGAUGGCAGGUCACCAACUCUAUUAUGCCUGGACUCAGGUGACACACAGAGAGCAUGGUGAAGAUUACUUAGGACAAACCAGCAGGAAGCAAGCACAUCUCCCCCCUUUGCCACCAAGCUGAUGACAUUUGCAUACUAAGGUGUGAUUGUGUGUGUGUGUGUGUCUGUCUGCGUGCCUUUGUGUCUUAUCAAUCUAUGUGUGUGAGUGGAAACACUAAUUGAAGUUCAUCCUUGUGUGUGUGUGUGUGUGUGUGUGUGUGUGUGUGUGUGUGUGUGUGUUUAUGUAGGUGUGUAUGUUACUAAUAGAAGUUUAAGUGUGCAUAUGUGUGUGUGUGUGUGUGUGUGUGUUUCUGAGCCUGAGCAUUUGUCAGUAAUGUUAACUCACAACGGUUCCUCAUGUAACUGAAAUAUCCUCAAUUUCCUUGUGUCCUCAAAGGGGGACUUGCGUUCCGAAAUGGUUACACAGGUCACACAAAAAUUUAAACAAAACACAAUUUUCUUUACAUUUUCCAUCUGUUCAUAAAAGAGCCUUUAAAUGUAUUUCUGAACAUAAUGCCAUGUAUUCUGUAACCAGUGACCAAUGUAUUGCAUGGAUAUUUGCAAGGGAACAAAUUGUUGUAGAAUAAACUGAUAGACAUUUUUGUCCAUUCUAGAGAUGUAAGGAUUGUCAUUACUUGCGUAUGUACAUAAAGCAUUCCUUAGAUAUUCUUUUUAGCCAUUGAAAACUCUUUCCUAAUAGUUCUCGUAUGUCGAGAAACGGUUCGUACCAUCUACAAAUACAAAAAGUAUAAUUUGAAUGUGCAAUAUACUGAAUUGUGUAAUGGAAGCGCACACAUAGCCCCACUAAAGGCAUGAAUGUCUAGAGUGUUUUUAAAACAAAUAUUUCUUCAAGUGAAAGUGGGCGUUAGGAACUCCUGACUAGUGUAGCCUUAUCCCGGGGUGUUGAACGUGUACUGUGUGAGAUGUCUAUGAGCCUGUCUUUUGAUUUGUCUACUAGACUUUGUCAUUAUUUUAUCUGUGCAUGGUUGAAAUGCAAUGAAAUGGAGGGUGGAGCUUUCAACACAUACCAAAGCUUUUAUGAAGUGGUGAUCAGUAUAGGAUUUGGUCAGGUGGUCCACGGUUUGGUAUAUAGGUAUAUGGGCUGGUGAAGCGCUACACAUUUGAGUUGGAUGUAUUGAAUUGAUUAAGUGCUCUAUGUUCUUGAGUUGGGGCAUAUAUUUGGAAUAUUCCACACAAAAGCUUGUACAUAAGACAAGUUUAUUUACUUGUAGUUGUUCCAUAUCUUCUCUGGUUUAGUAAAUGUAAACAUUUAAUAGAUAAAUACACCUCAUCUAAAGCUAUAAUAUUGAUGUAACUCCGGGAGAAUCAUUAAGCAUUCUAUCUACUGAACUGACACACACACACCCUCUAAACGUAAGAGAACAGAAAACGUUACUUUCCCACCCUGGAUGCGAGCAGACUGGGCACUGGCUCCAGGACCUGGUUCUGUGGUCAGCCCCGGGGCCAGCGGCUCAUCUGGGGUCAGGGCUCACACUCGCACACACAAGAUCCUCUGGCUUUUUCUGCUCGUCUCUUUCACCCCCUACUGAUGAGAAGGUCAGAGAGUGGGGAUGUAUGUAAUGAUGCCUCCGCUACACUAAUGUUACUUUCUACUGACAGAGAGAGGGGUGGGGGUGGGGGGGCCUUUCUGCUCUACCCACCCAUGUGGUUGUUUUUGAUGUGUGUAUGUGUAUGUGGGUUUUUUAUUAUUUUUUGUGUGUUUUAUUUGUUUUGUUUGCUUUUUUUAUUCGGGGUCAAUAAAAGAUGAUGAAUUUGACGACGAGGACGCUUGUCAGGUGAUCUCUUCCUUCUGUCCUCUCCCCCUCUGCGUAAGCGCCGGAGGGCAUGGCUCGCCUUCUGAACUCGGUUGGGAUCUCAUAGGAGUCUGUACACUACCUGUCUGUCUGUCUGUCUGUCUGUCUGUCUGUCUGUCUGUCCGUGAAGGCUAUGCAUGACGGCCAAUAGGCUCUCUCCCUGUCAGACACAACCGAAUCUGCUGCUGUGGAUGCAGUUCUGAGACUGAGAGGUUUUUUUUUGUUCUGUUUUGUUUUGUUUUGUUUCACUCUAGGGUUAGCUUCUCUUUCCUCACUAUUGUAAAUAUUUUUUUCGGGGAUGAAUGAUCAAAUUGCAAAUACCUGAUGUACACGUGUAAUACCUCUUUUGACACUAUUUAAUCUUUUUUGGUUGUUUGUUUAUUGACCAGUUCAUGGGUCCCUCCUUUUAUGUUUUAAUGCGAAGUUUUAAUGCCUUGUGACAGGCUCUUGCUACUUUAUUUAUUUGUAAUUUGGCCUUGAAAGUUGUGUCAUGACAAUUAAAGUUUGUGACUGUUGUA